AUGUUUGUACAUGGGUUACGUUCUUCUGGGUUAUUUUGUUUAUCUAAUAUUGUUUAUGAACGAUUGGGAAGUCAUAGAUUAAUUAUUAAUAGGGAGGUUGAUAUAUCUAAUAAGGCAGCAUCUCCUUCCUUGAAUUUAUUGGCAGAAAUUAGCUUGAUUAAUAGAGAUGAUUUAGGAUUAGUAUCUUAUUAUUUAGUAAUUUAUUAUCAGAAUGUUAAAUCUUAUAAUGCUGGUAUGAUGAAGGCCUUAUCUAGCCGUUUUGGUGAUGUGGCUUUGUUGUUGUUGAUUGCUAGAAUGAUAAGAUAUGGUAGAUGGAAUUAUUUGUAA